AUGCCAUUCUGCCAUUUUGAUGUUCUCGCGCCGGAACUCGUACAGCUCAUCUUUUCCUUUUGCGUAGAGCGACGAGAUGGGCACUUCAUUGAAUAUAACAAUGAUACUCCCCCUCUUGUCUUGCUUCGCGUGUGCAGACGCUGGCAAUACAUCGCAUUCCAGACGCCUGGCCUCUUCGACUCGAUAUCUCUGCGGAGACGUGUCCAUGCUCCGUUUGGCUUUGACUUCGCCCGCGAUACCCAAAUUCUGCAACAUUUCUUGAACCUUCCGCGUCCUGGGUACAGAAACGAAAUGAGCCCGCGUCAACUGGAGGUGCAGCUCUGUUACGGGGAUAUAAAGCGGUACGGGAACACUUUAAUGUGGACUGACCUCCUGAGUAUGGUUCGAAAGGCUAUGGAACUUACAGACAACUUGGGUACACUCUACCUGCGAUUCCCAGACGACUGCAUGGAGAAGUUCCUCAUGAAAAUCUGUUCGGACUCGGGGGAUGGUAUCCAGCAUGCCAACCUGCGUAGUAUUUCCCUCCACAGCACGCGCGAAGGGCUACUUAUACCGAGGUAUUUAUCUUGGUGGUACGAUCAAGAAACAAAUUUCUCACCCCAAUAUUACCAUAAACUCGAUACGCGGAAAUUACCAUCAUUGAAAGAGCUAGGGCUCCACUUUCCCGGACCACUCACGCUUGACCCGAUAUGCAGACGAAUCGAAAAGCUGCAUGUAUCGGUUUUCAAGUGGGAACAGCUGGAAGAAUAUCUCACAGGAUGCCCGAACGUUGUUGACCUCACGAUCGAAUUCCGUGAGCCUCUUGCAGGACAGGAUUGGGCGCCUUAUCGUUCCAAAGCAGAGCUUACAUUUCCUCGUUUACGUGCUCUCGAAAUACGCAGUGCUCUCGUUGGUCAGACGUGUGCCAACAAGCUACUCAGGUUUUUCCUGGUAGUACACAUGCCAAAUCUCAAGACUCUACGUCUGCGUCGUCUUCCCCAAGCCGACAGGUCAGAGCCUCCGAACCUUUGUUAUGGCACCUUGAUCAUGAGAAUUUUAAAGAACCUGGAAGAACUUGAACUUAUCGACUUCCCCCCAGAACCCUGUGGCAACUGGGAUAUCGGGCCUGUUUUCUCAGCGGCGCCAAAGCUGAGACGCCUUGCAUAUCGCGAGGUGGAGAUGAUCAGCUGUCCUGAAUAUUUUAGGCGGCUUAUCUCGCACUUGAUGUUUUCUAGUUUCGAACCUCCCGCGCCUCGAUUGCAAAUUCUCGAGCUUGAUGCGAUACAUCUGCGACAGGGCGAGAACGUGAUCCUCCAAGACCUCCUACAGCUCAUCGCGACACGCCGCGUAUAUAACCUUGAAAUUUCCGAUAAACUUGCUGGAAUGAUGCCGGAUUUCCCUGCUAGAGCUUCAGCGCUGCAAAGGAUCUGCCUUCCACCAGGUUGCUCUGACGCCUUACGACGGAUUGACAUGCAUGGGUUAGCAUAUGGCAUUGACUUCGACUUUGUUCCGAUGAUAGAAGAGCUCAGUCUCGAAGAUGAUUUGAACGAAGAGGGUCCCGAGCGUCGUAACCGGUACGAGUGGACCCCUCUCCGGUGGAAGACACCCGCAUCGUUCUGUGAAACGGCCAGCACUACUACUUGCAACAGCCCCUCGUCCCUCUUCUCUGCUGCUAGUAGUUUUACGCAGAAGCGCUCUUUGCAGCCCAUGGAUUCGAUACUCGAGGUCGAGCAAAUGCUGUUCCCGACUACGGGCGACGGAAACGAUGGGUCUGGAAUGUCCAGGGCAAGUUCACAAAACCAAUCAUAUGCUUUGACACAUUUACAUCUACCUUUCUUCGAUAUUGUAUACCGUAUUUUUGGAUUAGUCAUGGAAAUAGCGGAAAUAUGGAUGCCUAUCCCUUUCUUUUGA